GAAGUGAACUACCAGACAAGACCAUUACUGGAACCUCAUUCUGCAGGCCAGGGCCUUUAUCUGUUGUCUUUCUGUAUAUCAUCAUGAUAAACCGAUCAUCUGGACCAGGAGGUGUGUGUAGGUUGCUGGCCUCUUUGCUUUACGGGCUGGAGUCUCAUAUGGACACCUCAGAGGACAGCACUUUUCUACAGGACAUGCUCAUGGGCAAUACUCUGCAUCUGCUUAUUAAGGUCUAUGACAGGCUGCAGAAGUACAGAGUCCAGCGGCCUGCUCCACUGUUGGAAAGCACACAGGGCCUGGCUCAGGACUUGGCAGAAGAGCUGCGCUGUGUAGUCGCCAGCCCAGAGACAACAGAGUUGUUAUACCUGCUCUCUAAACCUCAUGUACAGGCUCUUCUCUCAGUGCAUGACAUGGUGUCUCAGAAAGAGUUUGACCCUCGUUUGCCUCCUCUGCCCCCACUGCCCGAUUACAUCGAGAAAGAAGAAGAUUCAAUCAAGAUUGUUCGCUUGGUUAAAAACCAGGAGCCACUGGGAGCCACCAUCAAGAGAGAUGAGUCCACUGGAGCUAUAGUGGUGGCUCGGGUCAUGAGAGGAGGAGCUGCUGAUCGAAGUGGUCUAAUUCACGAAGGGGACAAGCUCAAGGAAGUCAAUGGUGUUCCAAUGGAGGACAAGAACCCAGAGGAGAUCAUUCCCAUACUAGCCAAGUCAAAAGGAGCAGUGACCUUCAAAGUCAUCCCAGGCACCAAAGAAGAGCCAGAGACCAUAGAUAACAAGAUCUUUGUAAGGGCACUUUUUGACUAUAAUCCCCAAGAAGAUCCUGCUAUUCCAUGCAAAGACGCCGGGUUGGAAUUCUGGAGGGGAGAUGUGUUGCAGAUUGUAAACCAAGAAGAUGACACCUGGUGGCAGGCCAGACGGCACGGUGACGCCAACCUCAGGGCUGGAUUGAUUCCCUCAAGACAGCUUCAGGAAAGGAGAGUGACUUUACAAAGGCCUGCAGUUCUGUUCCACCCACUGAGAGAGUCGAUUAUAUUCGGUGACAACAUGGAAGAGGAUGUGGACUAUGGAGCAAUAAGUGGCAUACAUAUAGCUGGUUUGAGGAAAAGUUUCCGGUUGAGCCGGAAGGACAGCACAGGUCAGCAUGUGAGACAGAAGAUGGGCAAAGGACAUGCCGGUAUCCAUUUACCAAUAUAUCAGGAGGUCCUGCCUUACAAGAGAAAGCCUGAUGAGCCUUACCGCCUUGUGCUCCUAACUGGGCCUAGUGGGGUUGGUGUGACCGAGUUAAAGAGAAGACUUCUACUCUCUGACCCAGAACACUUCAGUGUAUCUGUGCCAUAUACCACUCGGCAGCAGAAAAGGCAUGAGAGAGAAGGGGUAGAGUACCACUUUGUCUUCAAACACACUUUUGAAAAAGAAAUCCUCAACCACAAAUUUUUGGAAUACGGUGAAUAUAAAGGGAACUACUAUGGUAUGAGUCUGGAUUCAGUGCGCAGGGUUGUAGCGGAGAGCAAGGUGUGCCUACUGCAUGUGAAGCCACACGCCAUAACAGCCUUAUACACCUCUGAGUUGAAACCCUAUGUCGUAUUUGUGAAGCCUCCGUCAAUAGAGAGCUUGAGACUGAGCCGAAGAAAAGCAAAAGUUCUGUCAAGUCAGAAUGAGCAAACACCUACAAAAAUAUUCACGGAGGAGGACUUUCAGGAUAUGAUUACCAGUGCCCAAGCCAUGGAGAAUAAAUAUGGCCACUUGUUUGAGAAAGUGAUAAUCAAUGAUGACCUGGCCAUGGCAUUCACUGAGCUGAGAGACGAGCUCACAAAAAUAGAAACAGAGACUCAUUGGAUCCCAAAUACAUGGGCUCAUGUCUGAAAAAGCCAUUCAUGUUCACUGAACCACUUAGCCACAUGAUAACUUUUGACUAUGUUUUGGAGAUUUUCUGCAUAUAAAAAAGGCACACCAUAUUAUUGUAAUUAUACGCUUAUAAGUAGUGUGUGCUGGCCGGUCAUGAAUCAACUCCAUUCAUAAUCGCCAAACUCAUGACACUGCACUGAAUUUGAAAUAGUUUUGUUUAUGUUGAGAAACAAGUAAUUGUAAAGAAUUUUUAUCUGCCCCUAAUUCCUACAUAAUGAUAUACAUUAUGCUGUAUUACUAGAUUAUUUCUAUACGCAUAUUGCUUUGUGCACUGUUGUGGCUCAUGUCUUCACAUUAAUCACUUAAAGACGUGGAUUUUCCAUUGAAAAUAUGUGUUCUAAAUUUGGUUUAAGUGAGGUGGAGCACUACAGUUUCUUUUUUUUUUUCAUAAAUUGUGACUACAAGAUUGAACUCUGGAUUAGACCUCUGAAACACAUCCAGGUAGCUCUAUGUACCGAACAGUUCCAAUCCAAGUUUAGAUUUGUUCCUGACAUUGAACUCCACGCUUUACAGUGAUUUAAAUGCCUUAGUGUUCUUGAAGAACAUUAACAUUUGCAGGUAUACAAGGUGAUCCACGAUUCAACCUCUCAAAAGAAUCAAUC